AGCUUAGGUGAAGCUGCUCAAUGUUAUGUGGCCAUGCUGCAAUCUGUUACUAUAUAAUAAUACUAUACCACCUCAUUCCUUUAGGAUUUGACAGUAUGUUCUGUGUAGACGCUUACUGUUAAAUCAGUACUAACGUUAGAUUUAAUCUUCAGCAUGUUUCGGGCUUUAUCAAGGAGUAAUGCUCCUGUAGUCCGUCUUCUCUCUCCUCGCGCUGCUGUUCUGCUCGAGACUGUCAGGGGGAGAAAAUCUCGCACAGACCCCAAAGCGAAGUCAAAAUUGGGACGGAUCAAGACCCCCCCUCCCGUGGAUCCAGUAGAAAUGGUUGUGCUGAAGGAGCGUUACACGGAGUACAAUCUGAUAUUAAGAGCCCUGCGACUUGAGUUCAAGGAGCAGAUGUUGAGGAAGAAAUAUGAAGAGGAGGUUGGUUCUGUGGCAGAGGAGAGAACUAAAAGAGAGGCAGAAGAGCAUCGGUCCCUGAUGGCCUUGAAUGAUGCUGAAAACCUCCGAAUGCGUAAAAUACGAGAGCAACGCAUGCAGAAAGAGGAUGAGGCCACAGAACUCAAGAAGAGAGAAGCAGACGUCUUACGACAGCAAGAGCUGGAGAACUACAUUAAAGAAAAAGAAAGACAGAUUCUUCAACUACAGGAAGAGGCAAAGGACUUCAUCACACUGGACAAUCUAGAUCAGCGGAUUGAAGAGGCUCUUGACAACCCGAAAAACUACAAUUUCGCCAUUGACAAAGAAGGACGUGUUGUCAAACGGACUCCAUUUCAGCGAUAAAUACAGGAUUUCAAAAACCAAAAUACCCCAUUAUGUACAUAAAAUAUAUACUGUCAGCAUCA